UGGGCUCCCCAUCCACAGCCUCCCCAGGAACAGACUUCUCCUGCCUCCUCUGCAUCCGGUCAAAUUCCUGCCGAGAUGUCCUGCCAGCAGAACCAGCAGCAGUGCCAGCCCCCUCCCAAGUGCACCCCCAAGUGCCCCUCCCCGAAGUGCCCCCCAAAGAGCCCAGCACAGUGUUUGCCCCCAGCCCCCUCUGGCUGUGCUCUGAGCUCUGGGGGCGGCUGUGGCCCCAGCUCCUCUGAGGGUGGCUGCUGCCUGAGCCACCUCAGGCACCACCGCAGGUCCCACCGAUGCAGGCGCCAGAGCUCCGACUCCUGUGACACUGGCAGUGGUCAGCAUUCUGGGGGCUCGGGCUGUGGCCACAGCUCUGGGGGCUGCUGCUGACCUGGAUCUGCUGCUGAGACCAGCGACUCUAGAGGAGACAAGAAGCCAGAGGAGAAGCCCCAACUGGACCCAGCCUCUCCCAGACACCCCAUUCUAAUAUUCCCAGGCUGGUUUGCUGAAAUGUUCUUGGGGGAGGGGUGAGCACCCCCCCAGAAGGUGCUCGGCAUGUAUUUUCCAAGUUUCUGGGCAGCCCCUCCUCUCAGUGUUAUCACCUGUGUCUGCCUCUCAGUGUUAUCACUGUGUCUAACCAGGUAGAAAAAUAAAGCCUGUUCCCUCCA